AUGCCCGUACUCGAAAUUGACCCAGCCUGGCGGUACCCAGUGGAAGCAGAAAACUACGGAGAGAUCGUGAAAAUGUCUAAAUCUGGCGGGGCUACGAUCGUGUCGCCAGAGAUCGAGUCGAUCGUCUUGCUACGUUUGAGGCCGCUUAUCACUCAUACCUACGUCUUUCCAUUCAUCUUCGCUUAUCCCCUUGCGGCAUAUGCCUACUUUUUUGAAUAUGACCGUUAUCUUCGCUCUGUGGAUGGCGAAUCACAGGAAUGGACUUUCUUGCUCUGUGUUACCGUUUUCGGGGGCCAUGCGCUGAGUUGGCUGGCUACGAGGUGGAAUACAACUAUCCGACAAGCAGCUACGUCUUUGAGAGUGGAUGAUAUUAGCAAAGCCGAUCUUGUCAAAGUGAUCCCGAAGCCCAACAAAGGUACUCCAGCAUUCUGUCCGAUCUUGCGCUCCAAGCGUACCGUGCAAAAUCCAACAUCCGGCAAGAAUGCUCAAGCUCAGCAAGAAACGAUACUUUACAUUGAAUAUCAACGAGACCAUUACUUUUAUUCACCUACCAGCCAUUCAUUCGGUCUGCUGGCAUACCCCUCGGACUCGAAGCCACCCAUGUCGACUAUGACGACUUCAACUGGGAUCUCUAGCGACUCUGAGCUCGCCCUGGCCAAAGAAAUGUAUGGAAAGAAUACCUUCGACAUUCCCGUACCGACGUUCCUCGAAUUGCUCGGCGAACACAUGCAAGCGCCGUUCUUUGUCUUCCAAAUGUUCUCCGUCGGUCUCUGGUUCCUGGACGAAUACUGGUAUUACAGUCUCUUCACGCUAUUCAUGUUGAUCGUCUUUGAAUGUACCACCGUCUUUCAACGCUUGCGAACCUUGAACGAGUUCCGAACCAUGUCGAUCAAGCCUUAUCAGAUCAACGUCUACCGAAACGGAAAAUGGAGCGAAGUGCUGUCCGAUGAACUUGUCCCCGGUGACUUGGUGUCUGUGUUACGGACUAAGGAAGAUUCUGCCGUGCCUUGCGAUCUGCUUCUUCUCCGUGGGACCUGUAUCGCAAGCGAAGCCAUGUUGUCUGGUGAAUCAACCCCACUACUCAAAGAGUCCGUCGAGUUACGCUCGGGUGACGAUCGGCUCGACUUCAUGGGCAAUGAUCGCAACUCGUGUUUGUUCGGUGGGACCAAGAUCUUACAAGUUACUCCAUCAAGUUCAGAUGCUGUUGGAGACAAGCUGAAGACCCCUGAUGGCGGUUGCUUGGCAAUUGUUCUUCGGACUGGAUUUGGAACCACUCAAGGCCAGCUGAUCAGGACGAUGAUCUUCUCUACCGAACAAGUCACUGCAAACAACUAUGAGAGCUUCCUAUUCUUAGCCUUCCUCAUGCUUUUCGCCAUCAUUGCAAGCCGAUACGUCUGGGUCAAAGGAGUCGAGCGCAACUUGAAACGCUCGAAAUUGUUGCUGGAUUGCGUGAUCAUCAUCACCUCUGUCGUCCCACCUGAGCUUCCAAUGGAACUCUCCAUGGCUGUUAAUGCCUCUUUGGUCGCUCUCUCAAAGUAUGCCAUCUUUUGCACUGAGCCAUUUAGAAUUCCUUCGGCCGGUCGGGUCGAUGUCUGUUGCUUCGACAAAACCGGCACAAUCACUGGGGAAGACCUGAUGGUCGAGGGUGUAGUUGGAGUAGAUGAGUCGGACGUCCUGAAGCUUGUUCCACUCCACCAAACCGGCAUGGAAACCACAUUUACUCUAGCCUCAGCUCACUCACUGGUCCUACUAGAUGACGGUAUAAUCGGUGACCCGAUGGAAAAAACGACUCUCGAGGCCGUUGAUUGGUGUGUCAACCAAGGAGACACCAUUUUACCUUCAUCCAAUGAUCACAUCCAUCGUGCGGUGAUCACCAUCAAACGCCGAUUCCAGUUUUCUUCUCUGUUGAAACGGAUGUCGACGGUCUCGACAGUCGUAACACCUGAUCGGCAAACGAGGACCAUGGUGUCAGUCAAGGGCGCACCCGAAGUCAUCAAAGCCAUGAUCUCCAACGUCCCCGAACACUAUGAGAGCACGUAUAAGUAUUACACCCGUCGGGGAAGUCGGGUGCUAGCUCUGGCGUACAAAUUCAUCAACAUCCAAGGCGCAAAUAAAAUUAAUGAUCUCCUACGGGAACAAGCCGAGUCCGAGCUCAUCUUUGCUGGGUUUUUGGUAUUUACUUGUCCUCUCAAGCCAGAUGCAGUAGAGACCUUAAAAAUGCUUGCAGAUUCAUCACAUCGAUGUAUCAUGAUCACUGGGGACAAUCCUUUAACAGCGGUGCAUGUAGCCAAAGAGGUUGAAAUUGUGGAUCGCGAAUGUUUAGUAUUAGACGUGCGGGAAAACUCGACAGACGAGAAAGAUCUGGUCUGGAGGACGGUGGAUGAUCAGAUGGUCAUCCCGGUGGAUGUGUCUAAACCGAUCGAUCCUAAGAUACUUUCAGAUUAUGAUCUGUGCAUAACUGGGGUAGCCCUCAAGCAAUUUGUAGGGAUGCCGAGCUGGAUAGAUCUUGUGCAGAAUGUCUGGGUUUACGCGCGAGUGUCGCCAGCCCACAAGGAGCUAAUUCUGAAUUCUCUGCGAUCGCUGGGCUACACGACUCUGAUGGCGGGUGACGGGACGAAUGACGUGGGUGCGUUGAAGGCUGCCCACGUAGGCGUGGCCCUGCUCGACGGAUCUCCAGAAGACUUGAAGGCAAUCGCCGAGCAUCAGAGGAACGAGCGGCUAAAGAAAGUCUGGCAGACUCAGCUCAAUAUCUCUCAAAGGUUCAAUCAACCACCUCCUCCUGUACCCGCCGCCCUCGCCCAGAUCUACCCAGAACUAGUUGAUGUGCACCAAAAGGCACUCAAAACUGGUCAAGAUGCACGGAAAGCCAAUCCGAUGGAGAAGUUUAAUUUGGCCGAUAUCACGUCGAAGAUGGCCGAUAUGGAGGAAGACUCUGAAGGACCACCGAAGAUUAAACUGGGCGAUGCGUCAGUCGCAGCUCCGUUCACGUCGAAGCUGUCCAACGUCUCGGCAGUCUCGACGAUCAUUCGACAAGGGCGCUGUACGCUUGUAGCCACGACUCAGAUGUACAAAAUCCUUGCCUCGAACUGCUUGAUUUCCGCGUACAGUCUGAGUGUCCAAUACCUGGAUGGUGUUAAGUUUGGUGACUACCAGAUGACCAUCCAGGGUGUUUGCAUGUCGGCCUGUUUCCUUUGUAUCUCCCGGGCCAAGCCUGUCGAGAGACUGUCCAAGGAGCGGCCUCAGGGCAGUAUCUUCAACACUUACGUCGUGGCAACGGUCCUGGGACAAUUCAUCUGCCAUUUAGCAGCAUUGAUCUACAUCACAGGACUUUGUGAAAAGACAUCACCACGAACCAAAGAAAUCAAUCUGGAUGCCGAGUUCGAGCCGAGUCUGCUGAACAGUGCGAUCUACUUGCUCUCGACGUGCCAAAGCGUCUCGACAUUUGCUGUGAACUUCCAGGGCCGACCGUUCCGUGAAGACAUCAAGGAGAACAAGCCGCUGUUCUACGGCUUGCUUGGCGCGGCUGCGGUCGCCUUUUCGGGGGCAACCAACUUCGUACCUGAAGCCAAUGGAUGGCUGCAAUUAGUUGACAUGCCCACCAGCUUCCGGAUGCAAUUGUGUAUAGUGAUGUGCAUGGAUUUCGGGGGAGCGAUGCUGAUGGAGCUGAUUGCCAAGUUCCUCUUCUCCGACGUCCGGCCGAAAGGCAUGGUUGUCAAAGGCAUCCAGCGUCGAGAAGCCAGACGGAAAGCCCAGGAAACCGCCCUCCAGGCCGAGCUCGAUAAGAAAAUCGAGGCCGGAGAAGACGAGCUUCGGCAGCCCUCUUCCUCCUCUCAAGCCGUCAAAACUCAUCCCAACGAUGCUAAUCAAAUCCGCCUUAGAAACGCUAAAAAGUCUACUCAACACAAACAACGGUAG